AUGUCUCCCUAUCUUUUUACCAUUGUCUUGGAAGUUCUCACGCUCAUUCUGCAACAAUCUACUCAGAUUGACUCAUCGUUCCGAUUCCAUCACAAUUGUGUGAAGCAGUGUCUUGUUAAUCUUUGUUUUGCUAAUGAUCUGUUCCUUUUUGCAAGAGGUGAUGUUCAUUCAGCCAGAAUCUUAAUGGACUCCUUGUCAACGUUUAAAUGUAUGUCUGGGGUGGUUCCGAGUAUAAAGAAGAGUACUAUUUUCUUCUCGAAUGUGUCGGAGCAAACUAAACAAGGUAUUCUCAAUAUAAUGCCAUUUGAUGAAGACUCCUUUAUAAAGAUUGCAAAAUCCUUGUGGAAAAAAUGGAAAAAAGGAUUUUGGAUUGGAGGAAUAAAUCCCUCUUUUGCGGGGAGGUUACAGCUUAUUCGUUCUGUGUUAUCCUCAAUGCAUGUCUACUGGGCAUCUAUUUUUAUUCUUCCCUCUAGAAUUGUCAAUGAUUUGGAGAAAACUAUGCGAGGGUUCUUAUGGUGUCAAGGUCCUAUGCAACAAGGAAAAGCAAAGGUGGCUUGGAAAGACAUUUGUGUUCCCAAAUAUGAGGGUGGCCUGAGCAUUAGACGUAUUUCUGAUAUGAAUAAAGCGUUGAUGGCCUCCCAUGAUGUGCCUAUUCGAUCAGCUAGUAGUUGGGGAUGGAGAAAGCUACUACAUCUUAGACCUACUACAAGACAAUAUAUCUGGUCGAAUAUUGGUGAUGGCAAAGAUACCUCAGCAUUGUUUUUUCUAUGGAGUGACAUUGGCCCUAUUGGAGAGUUUGUUACACCUAGGGACAUAACAACAGGACGGUUUAAUUUAAAAUCUAAGGUUGCUGAUAUUAUCUCGAAUGGUUCCUGGUCUUGGCCUUUGUCUUGGUAUGAUAAGUAUAUGGUACUCCGUACUCUCCCGGUUGUUCCGCUAAACCUAGCUAAAAAGGAUGAACUUGUGUGGAGGGACAAUCAUAAAAAGGAAUUUCAAUUCUCUACUACUGUUGUAUGGGAUGCAAUUCGAACUAGGGAGGACGAGGUUAAUUGGGUUGGAGCUGUGUGGUCUGGAAGGUGGGUGAUAUCACGAUCUGCUUAUAGUGUGAUGGGAAGACUAGUUGUAGUGGCGACUGCUUAUUUCUUAUGGCAAGAGAGAAACAAUAGGAUGUUUAUGAAUCACACCAGGCCACCUGACGUGGUGUCUGAUCUAAUCAUCUCCACUGUUCAUUCUAGACUCUCACUGUUGAAAUUUAAGAGGAAUGCUCGAGUGGUUCAGGCACUCACAGCAUGGGGAAUUGUUGGCGAUCAAGUCUAUAAGGAAGGCGAUUGA